AUGCGUCACCCUGCUGACUCAUUGGCAUGGAAGCACGUGGAUAAAGAAUAUGGAUGGUUUGCACAAGAUGGUCGUAAUAUUAGGCUUGGUCUUGCUUCUGAUGGCUUCAAUCCCUUUGGGAUGCAAAAUGUUACAUACACCAUAUGGCCUGUUAUCCUUAUACCUUACAAUUUGCCUCCGUGGUUGUGUCAGAAACAAUCUAACUGGUUGCUAUCAAUGUUGAUACCUGGUCCAAAAUCUCCUGGAAUUGAUAUUGAUGUAUAUUUGAGGCCCCUUAUAUUAGAGCUGAAGGAGCUUUGGGAAAAGGGUGUUCCAACAUGGGAUGCACAGACUAAACAAAAUUUUAAAUUACAUGCUGUUCUACUCUGGACAAUUAAUGACUUCCCAGCUUAUGCUAUGCUUUCUGGUUGGAGCACGAAAGGAAAGUUUGCAUGUCCAUACUGCCACAAAGAUACUGAUUAUUUGUGGUUGAAACAUGGGAUGAAGCACUGCUACAUGGGACAUCGUCGUUUCUUGCCCUCGGACCAUCCAUGGCGCAAGAACAAGGUCAGCUUCAACAACAAGGUUGAAACCAGGGAGGCUCCAGUACCACUGACAGGUGCACAGAUACUUGAAGAGUUUGAAAGCUUUGAACAAAAACUGUUACCCUUAGUGGUUCGUAGGAUUUUGCCAGAACAAGUUGUCAUCGCAUUGGUUCAGCUUAGUAAUUUCUUCAAUGCACUAUGUUCCAAGGAGCUGGUGCAAGCAGACUUGGACAAACUUAGCAGUUCAAUUAGGGAGACUGUUUGCCGACUUGAGAUGAUAUUCCCUCCUUCAGUUUUUGAUAUCAUGAUGCAUUUGCCUGUUCACCUAGCUGAAGAGGCUAAAAUUAGUGGGCCUGUAUGUUAUAGAUGGAUGUAUCCAGUGGAGCGGUACCUACGUACUGCAAAAGGAUAUGUGAGGAAUAAGGCCUACCCUGAAGGUUCAAUAGCUGAGGGAUACAUACUCGAGGAGUGCCUUACAUUUUGCUCAAGAUUCUUGGAUGUGGACACAAAACUGAAUCGUGUUAAUCGACAUGAAAGCAUUGCUGUGAAUGAGCCACCAUCUGGUCUGAGCAUAUUUUCAGACAUGGAUUACAGCAGGAGAGGACAGACUAUCCAGAUCAUUGAAGGAGACGAGAUGCGGAAGAUGAGGCACUACAUAAUUUCAAACUGUGAUGAAGCUAGUCAAUGGGUCGAUGCGCAUAUGGAAGAACUGAAGAAAUAUGGUUCAAGAAAUCUUCAAAGGCGACACGAGGAACAAUUUGUAAGAUGGUUCGAGGGCAAGAUCAGGGAUCUACAUGCAAAAGGGGAAAAUAGUGGUGUGCUUGUCAAGGGAAACGGUGGUACUGUCAACAUGUACUGGUAUGGGUGUGAUUGGUAUGAUGUGCCUGCUGCCACUAACAACAGAGGCAGAGGAUACAGUAAGGAUCAAUUUGGAGUAAUUGAUAUCGACACUACUCGAUACAGUGUUAUUGCGUUGAAACCAAGGGACUUGUUCGCCAUGCCUGAAUUAGAACUUGAAGACUCAAUUGAUGUGGGUAUCGAACUCAAUAAUUUACUCAAUGAACAACAGGAUUUGACAAAUUGGUCAAGAUCGGACAAGGAAGGCACAACUGGGGAUGUCUCUGUUAUUGCUCAGGUGCGGACCGAAGCAGUUGACGAACCAGACAAUGCGGUCUUUGAUGGCGAUGACGAAGAUGAUGAAGAUGACACAUACAUUGAUGAUGGAGUUGUUGCACCACUUGCUUUUGGGGUAGAAGGCGAAGAUGAUGAUUUUUUUAUUUAA